CGCGAAUUCAGCAUCCUACAACAACAAAGGCGCGCAUUGACUGCACAGCAGAGAGAAUUGGAGCGGGAGUUCGUACAAGGCAUCCGUAGACGACAACGGAACCGACAACGCAACGGCAACAUGGCUACCGUAGUACAAGAGCCCGCGAGGCCCCGGGUUCCCUCCGCGCCCAUCGAUAUCCUGAAUACCGACCUUGCAAAACUCUACACACAUAUACAUCCAGUUCUUCUCCUCUCGGUCUACGCAUUCAAAUUCAACUCGAUUGUCGAGAAUCCAGUUACUGCGCUCUCGGAAACCCUAGUUGCGGUUGGUAUUUUGCAGGUUGUCUUUUCUGCGAUAUGUCUUCCGCCUACAGGAGGUAGCGCAACACCUUUGGGCGACAAGAGGAAGCCUGGCGAGAAGAAAAAGGGAGCGCCUUCGCCAGUUGCUUCUGCUGUCAAUGGCACGGUGAUUCCUGCCUUCUUAGCACUCGUUCUCGCGAUCAUUGCUGGUAUCCCGAUACUCGGCGUCCUCCUCGUUCUGUUUGGCGCACCUAUCUCUACGCACUGGGAGCACACCGCGCUAUGUGCCGCGCACAUUUCAUUUUUGACGGCCAUCCCAUUGACAUAUGUUCACGGAGUGGAUGGAUCGACAUGGAGGGAGAUCGUAUCUUUGGAGCUUCCGAUUGAUGAGGUAUACGGUUGCUUGAUCGGAACAAUGCUGGGAGCCUGGUUGGGCGCUGUCCCGAUACCAUUGGACUGGGACCGCGAAUGGCAGAAAUGGCCCAUCACCAUAGUUACCGGAGCGUAUAUUGGAUUCGCUGUUGGAAAGUCUGUUGGAGGCACGUUGUUGAAGGGCAAGACAGUUCUGUUUGGAUAGAGUCCAAAGCUUUUUUGGGCGAUACUUGUCGUGUGCGCUGCAAGCAAACAACUAGGGGAUAUACUACAAUGGCUGUACCGUUGAGCAUAUUCCAACCUCAUACCGCAGGACCGGCAUGAGAAAAAUAGAAUCGGUCAUUUGGUCUAGAUCAGAUAAUGGGUUGUUCCCAGGGGUCAAACCCCCCAAUGCCACCGAGGGCGUUUGUCACGCCGAGGUAGGGAAGCUAUAUGGCACUAGUACCUACAGUUGCGAUGCAAAGAAAAUAAAAGAAUAUUGUUUGUUAGACAGCGGUCGUCCCUCGCAUCUGUGAACAUGGACAAAUACGAA